AUGUCGUGGUUUCUUAUACCGGCGGCGACAAUCCUCGCCGUCGUAGCCUACAAGCUAAUCCAACGGCUAAGAUUCAAGCUCCCACCAGGCCCAACUCCAAAACCAAUCGUCGGUAACCUCUACGACAUAAAACCGGUCCGGUUUAGAUGCUAUUACGAGUGGGCUCAAACGUAUGGACCAAUCAUAUCGGUUUGGAUCGGUUCGAUACUAAACGUCGUCGUAUCUAGCGCCGAGCUAGCAAAAGAAGUCUUGAAAGAACACGACCAGAAACUCGCCGACCGGCACCGGAACAGAUCGACUGAAGCAUUUAGUCGGAACGGUCAAGAUCUGAUAUGGGCCGAUUAUGGGCCUCACUACGUUAAGGUUAGAAAAGUUUGCACGCUUGAGCUCUUCACACCUAAACGACUCGAGUCACUUAGACCUAUCCGUGAAGAUGAGGUCACUGCCAUGGUUGAAUCCGUCUUCAAUGACUGUAACCUUCCUGAAAACAAAAUGAAAGGUUUACAACUGAGGAAGUACUUAGGAGCGGUUGCGUUCAACAACAUAACGCGGCUAGCGUUUGGGAAACGUUUUGAAAACGCUGAAGGUGUGAUGGACGAGCAAGGGCUUGAGUUCAAGGCCAUAGUAUCCAACGGUCUAAAGCUAGGUGCUUCACUGUCGAUAGCUGAACACAUCCCGUGGCUCCGGUGGAUGUUUCCGGCCGAUGAGAAGUCGUUUGCGAGUCACGGUGCUCGUCGUGACCGCCUUACGCGAGCUAUCAUGGAGGAGCACACUUUGGCUCGUCAAAAGUCUAGCGGACCAAAGCAACAUUUCGUUGAUGCGUUGCUUACGUUGAAGGAUCAGUAUGAUCUUAGUGAAGACACCAUCAUUGGUCUUUUAUGGGAUAUGAUCACCGCAGGGAUGGACACGACAGCGAUAACAGCGGAAUGGGCGAUGGCGGAAAUGAUCAAGAAUCCAAGAGUGCAACAAAAGGUUCAAGAAGAAUUCGAUCGAGUCGUUGGACUUGACCGGGUCUUAACCGAGCAAGAUUUCCCACGCUUACCAUACUUGCAAUGCGUGGUUAAAGAAUCAUUCAGGCUGCAUCCUCCAACGCCUCUAAUGCUCCCUCACCGAGCCAACGCAGACGUCAAGAUCGGAGGCUACGACAUUCCCAAAGGAUCAAACGUCCAUGUAAACGUUUGGGCAGUGGCUAGAGACCCGGCCGUGUGGAAAAACCCAUUUGAGUUUAGACCAGAGAGAUUCUUGGAAGAAGAUGUUGACAUGAAAGGUCAUGAUUUUAGGCUGCUUCCGUUUGGAGCAGGAAGAAGAGUUUGUCCCGGUGCACAACUUGGUAUCAAUCUAGUGACUUCGAUGUUGAGUCAUUUGCUUCACCAUUUCGUUUGGACACCGCCUCAAGGAACUAAAACAGAGGAGAUUGACAUGUCUGAAAACCCUGGACUCGUUACUUACAUGCGUAUUCCUGUUCAAGCCGUUGCCUCGCCUCGGUUGCCUUCUGAUCUGUACAAACGCGUGCCUUUUGAAAUGUAA